CAGCUUUCAUUCACUGGCUUCAUCGCCUUCUUCUUGUGGGUCGUUUUUAUCGAUUGUAUUGGUGCUGGCAUCGUUAUUGCAACCAUUUUAUGGUUUGCGUCGAAUAAUUUUUUGAGAAGAGUGGAUGACCAGGAUGUGGAAUGGGGCUACUGCUUUGAUGUGCAUCUGAAUGCCUUCUUCCCGAUGCUUAUGCUUCUUCAUGUUCUUUUGCCGCUCACCUUUUCACAUCUGAUAGGUUUUGAUUCGUUUUUGCCUCGACUUCUUGGUAAUACGAUUUGGUUUGUCGCUGUAGUUUACUAUAUAUACAUCACAUUUCUGGGAUACACAGCACUUCCGAUCCUGAAGAAUACGCACAUCUUUUUAUAUCCGAUCACAUUUCUUUUCAUAUUUUACGUAGCAACGGUGACAGCUGGCUGGAAUAUUUCGUUAACAGCAAUGGACUUUUAUCAUUUACGAGCUGAAAAUAGGCAAAGAGGACAUUGA